AUGAGACGAAACUUGGUAGACUUGAAUGAGAAUCUAGAUGGGAAAUCCAAAAGCAUUGCCUUAAAAGUUGAUUCCAAAGAAGUUGAAAAAGAAGACAAUUCAGAGGAAGACGAGAACUUCAUGCUUCUUGUAAAAAGGUUAGGACACAUAAAGACAUAUUGUCCAAAACUCUCAAAGAAAAAUAGUUUCAACAAAAGAAAGUAUUCAAAAUCUAAAAGAGCCUACAUUGUAUGGGAAGAUAAUGAAGUGAGUUCAUCUUCCGAUUCCGAAAGCGAAGAAUGUGUUAAUCUUGCAUUGAUGGAUUCACACCAUUUCGAUGAUGAAGAAGAAGAGGUUAGUAAUGAAACAUCCUCUCAUAAUGAUACUCUGGGUUCUAUUGAUGAACUUCUAAAGUCCUUGAAAGAUAUGAAAAAAGACAAGUUGGAUCUGAAAAAUGUUCUUAGCCAACAAAGAUAUUCAAAUGAUAAAAGCGGUCUUGGUUAUUCUAAGUUUAAUAGACCAAGUACUAGUAAAACUAUCUUUGUUAAGGUAUGCUUGAAGACCACAUCAAAUCUAUGGUAUCUCGAUAGUGGUUGUUCAAAGCAUAUGACGAGAGACAUAAGCAAAUUUUCAAAUCUAAUGCUUAAAGCCAAGGUAUAUGUCACCUAUGGAGACAACAAUAAAGUAAAGAUUCUUGGAAAAGGUAAAGUUAGAGCACCACCUUUCACAUCUAUUGAAGAUAAAAGUGAUGCUUUCAAGGCUUUUAAGAAAAUUUAUAAUAAAAGAACUUUAACUAUUGAAGAAUCUAUGCAUGCUUCCUUUGAUGAUACUAACACCUCUAAGGAGGACAUAGUUGUUUGUGAUGAUGAUGAUAUUAUAGAACUACCCUCAGAAGAAGUUUCUAAUGACCAAAGUGUGAGUCAACCGGAACAACAACGAGAAGUUUCACAACAAGAUCCUAAUCAUAUUGAUCUUACUCAAGAAUGGAGAAUCCAUCGUGAUCAUCCAAUAGAUAAAGUAAUUUGUGACCUAAGCAAAGGAGUUUCAACAAGAUUAAAUAUCGAAGAUGCCAAAAUGCUUAUCUUUUAA